CACAGCGAGAAGAGAAAUCCCGGAUUGCAGCGUGGAGCAUUGAUUGCGUACAGCACGGCUCCAUUCACUAGGCCGGUCACUGGAAUAACGCCGCCAAAUUCUUACACUCAGCAUCGCUUUCCAGUUAUAUAAAACUGCGGAUUAUUUAAAGAGUUUUAAAAAGUUUAAAAAAAGUUUUACUUAAAAAUUUUGGUUCUUUAUGAAAUCCUUAAAGUCUGUUAGAAAUAAAAAUUUUUAUUAUCCGCUUGGAUAUCAGAGGAACAUCGCAGAUGAAUUCCGACGCGGAUGCGGAUACUACAAUUCGAUUCAACCAAAGUUCCCUCUACGAAGAUGUGUAUUCUACAGCCCCAAAUGACGGCGUCCUUCUAAUGAAAUUUACCUGUGAAAAUGGUUUCGAUGAAUUUCAGAAAAACGGUUCCUGUCAGAACAACACCACGGAAAUGUUGCCGAUGGACCUGGUGUUCACAGACGAAAACAUGGUCACUAUCGUGGCCUACACGUGCAUGUUCAUCGUGGCGGCGUGCGGGAACCUGACCGUGUUCAUCACGCUGUUCAGGAACCGUAACAUCAAAUCACGCGUGAAUCAGUUCAUCUUCCACCUGUCCAUCGCCGACCUGGUGGUCACCUUCAUCAUGCUACCCCUAGAGAUCAUCUGGAACAUCACGGUGGCCUGGAAGGCUGGGGACCCCGCCUGUAGGAUCCUCAUGUUUUUCCGCAUUCUGGGAUUGUACCUGUCGUCUUUCAUCCUGGUUACCAUUAGUUUGGACAGGUACUUUGCCAUUGUUCACCCCCUUAGUCUGAACGAUGCGGACAAGCGGGGCCGGAUCAUGCUGAUUCUGGCCUGGUGUUUUAGCAUUGUAGCCAGCAUUCCACAAAGCGUUAUAUUCCACGUGGAGACCCACCCUAAGUACCGGACCUUUAGGCAGUGCGUGACGUUCAACUUUUUCCCGUCACACAACCACGAGCUGGCCUACAACCUGUUCAACCUGAUCACCCUGUAUGCCUUACCCCUCUUGAUCAUCACCACCUCCUACUCGCUCAUACUCUGGGAGAUCUCCAAAAAGACGAAGCAAUGCAAAGAAGAAACGAAAUGCCUUUCAACUCGGUCGCGCCUGCGUCGCUCCUCGGUUGGAAACAUGGAGAGAGCACGAAUACGAACUCUGAAAAUGACACUUGUGAUAGUCAGCGUGUUCGUGAUCUGUUGGACGCCAUACUUUGUUCUCUCGGCUUGGUGGUGGUUUGACAGUGAUUCUGCCAGUCAGCUAGACCCCAAGGUACAGAGGGGGCUGUUUCUUUUCGCUGUGUCCAACUCAUGCAUGGAUCCUAUUGUUUAUGGUAUGUUUACCAUUAACUUCAAACGGGAGUUCGUUCGAUGCUGUUGCUGCCUGAAAACUUCCUGGAAGCGCCACAAGCUCCAGCGACUUACCGGGAAAUUCCAGACGUCCACUGGAGUCCAAAGGGGUCCGCUCUCACACACAGCCUCCAACAACUCCUGCCGUUCACUUCCGGGCACCAACGUCGUCAAGUUCUUCGAUGACGCCGCCAUUUGUGGAAAUGGCGGAAGUCCGGUCUUGUCACGUGACUUAUUAAAGCCGAAGCUGGACACCGGAAGUAGAAGAGCAAAUGUGAAUAACUUUAUGAAAGUGAACCUGCCCGCCUUAGAGAAGUCAGUGACGAUGGACAAGCACUGAACUCUAACUAUUACAGUAUGUUGAUGUGAUGUUAUUUGUUGAUCAAUACAAUAAAAUACGUGUUUUAUGGAAUGCUUGCUAUAUUCAUGCAAAAUACAAAUAAAGAUAAAAACAUAAUAAAAAGAACAA